AUGGCCAUCCUUAAACUUAGCCUUGUUUUGCUUGUUCUUCAUGUUGUGCAACUGCAAGGCAAUUCAAUGAGUGAUUGUGAGGGUGAGGCUCAAAGAUAUCUCUGGGAUAACCUUAAUGGUUACAGGAGGUCACUACAUCUCAACAACUUCACUGACAACAGCAAUGCAGCUUGCCUAGCUAAUAAAAUUGCAGACCAGUUAAAGAAUGAUACUUGUAAAAACGCCUUUAACUUCAGCCCUACUCCAGGCACCAAGCCUAAUGUCCCCAAAUUUGACAAGUUCUUGCAUAAGUGUGACAUAAAAGACAAACGCGCAGUUGAUGGGAUCAUAUUGCCUAUUUGUGUGCCCAGAUUAGACCCAAUUGUGGUGUUUUCUAAUUAUACAAAAUCUCAAUAUGCAAAAUAUCUGAAGAAUUCAAACUACAUGGGGCUGGGAUUGCCUCUGAGGAUAAUUGAAUGGUGGUUGUUUUGA